CCGUGGGAACUACUUUACCAUACCCUGUUGUACCAUAGAUUAUUGAUACUCGCUAUAAUUACAACGUAAAUUUGAGUUACAGUUGUCUGCGCGAGGAAUCGUGUGAUAGAAAAGAAGGAAAAUGUCAGAAUAAUACAUUGAAAUAACUGAAACAGCACCAUUGUACAACGUGGAGGCAGUCAGUUAUCAAUAAGUAAAGCCUGAAGUUCUUUGUAUUUUUAAAUGGGAGGGCGUCACAAGAAGUUUACAAGGAAGGAAAAAUCAAAGGUGAAACUGAAAACAAAGAAAACUGUUCUGACUAAGGCCCAAAAUGUUACUGAUACAAGCUUCAAGGUUCGCAAGAUAGUGUUAAAAGAGCAACUGAAAAGUGCAGUUCUUAAUGAGCCACAGACAAGGAGAAAUCUCAGUGUGAAGGAACUGCUAUCAAGACUCCGUCAUUACAAUAGCUCCAUGCAGAAGAGUAGUCUAGUAGGACUGCAGGAGUUAGUGACACAGCACUCUGAAGAGAUUCUUGGUUUACAUCUUUCAGAACUUAUUGAAGGAACUGCACGAUUGAUACUAGACCAAGAAAACGAUGUCCGCAAGGGUGCUCUUAAACUGCUCAACGUUGUCCUCACACAGGUACCUGAGUCCAGAGUGAUGCCCUUCUUCAAUGUUUUGCUGAGCUACCUUAAUUGUGGAAUGACUCACAUCCAUGUAUCCAUCCAGGAUGACUCUCUUGCAAUGCUUGACACACUCCUUGAGGCAACACCAUUGCUCGUUUCUGCUAAUGCUGACACAGUCCUCUGUAAUUUCCUGGACAUGAUUUCAAGUUUAAAGCCAGGUUCCAGUUCUGAGCGUACUCUAACGAUGAACCUCAACAGCAGGUUCACAAGUGUUGCGUGGCGUAUGAAAGUGUUACAUCAGUUGAAGGGCUUGCUAUCUGCAUUAGUUGAAUAUAAGAAGCAUCAGGACAGGAAACAUUCUGGAUGUCUUGCACAUCCAUCAGAGAACACUGCUUGUUUACGUGAUUCUUGGACCUGGAAAGAAGAUUCUGAGCUACAUAUACCAGUUUAUAAUCAUCACUACAGAGACACAUGCUAUUUACCUAAUGUCUUCAGUGUGGGGAAUAGUUCUGAUGAAAGCAGUUCUGAAGACAAGCAUUUGAAGAAAUAUGUAAAAGUGCUAAUACCGCUUCUGAUAGAAACUUGGCGUGAAGUUGCUCUUGGUCAAGUUUGUAAGUCAAGUAACAAUGAAGUGAGCUACAGUUUGCUGUCUUUGGAGGCUGCUGAGGUCUUGAAGUGUGUCCUGGAGGUUAUCCAGCUUCUUUGUGAGCUGCUGACAUCAGAGGUUACUGAAUUCAUCACUGCACAUAGGAAGGACUUUGGGUACCUUUUCUUCCAUGGAUUCCCUUAUAGUUGCAGCCAGAGACAUGAGGAGGGAGUGAAAGUGAGAAAUGACAUGAGAAAACAGAAGGAGUGCUUGAAUAAAGACCCAAGGUGUCUGUCUCAAAAUUUAGCUAUAUGCCAUUUGUUUUAUUGCUUCUAUGAUGAUCAUAACAUGGAUGUUGAGCUUAGCAGUCUAAUGCUGAAAUAUGUGAAAGGCAGUAUGCGGAACUGGAAGGAGCAAGAUGAUAGAAAGCAACUGAUGCAAGUUCUGAGACAUCUGCUUCAGUGCCCGAAGUGCUGGGGUUGUCAUGGCACAAAUUUGAGAAAGGUGCUAGAUAGUACUGUGGCACACUACAAAAAGACUCAUGACCAAGACCUGUUUGAAAUCCUCAGUGGUCUCAGUUUAACUGCAGGUCUAACACAUCUUUACAGGUAUGCAAGCUUUCAGGAAUGGAUGGAAUCUCUGCCUGACCUUCUGUGUUCUCCUACUGUCCCUGCCACAACUGUUGAGAUACUGGGAAAACUUGCUUGCCAGAACAAUCCACUCUUCUGUAAAAUCUUGUGUCAGAAGCUACCUGACAUUCUUAAUAAUUUGAACAGUGUGCAAGUGACUGGAGCAGAUAAUGAAUGUAAAGGCAGAAAGAGCAUCAGUAACAUCCUAUACUGGGUGAAGGAUUGGUCAGGAGAUGCACUGACAGCAUUAGAAAAUCACCUGCAGAGUGAAAAUUUUGAUAAGGAGUUGGCUUCUCACAUUACUGAUUUGUUGGCAUCACGGGUACCCACAGAAAGGAACACACAGUAGAAAUGGUCCACCACAGAAAUACAACUUACUCUGCUGACCUAUGUGUUAAUUCUGGAACAGAUUUUGAAAUGAGUGAAUGGUGUGUUCCUCAUAUGCCAUUUCACCAUAUGAAAUGAAGGAUCCUGUCUGUACAGGACUUCUAAUACACCACUGCACCUAAUACAGUGGAAUACAAUAAAAUUAAAUGUUCCCUGGCAUUGUGGUGUAUUAAAAGGUAAUGUAAAAAGGCUUUUAAAUAAACUUGUAAUAUCAGAAUGCAGUCCAUUUAAAUGGUACUGCAACAGAUUAAAUUCCAAUAUCAUUUACAUAAGAAAAUGUGGGGUGCUAUACUCAAAAUAAAAUAAUAAGAAUAGUUAAUAAAUUAUUACAUACUAAAGCAUAAUAUAAAAUAUACAAAAGUAUGUUAUUACCUGUUAAUUUAUAUUGUCACGAUUUAGGGGUGUGAACUGGAUAUUGGAUUUUUGACACAAUUCGGAAUUACAACACUAUCGCUGAUCUCCACACUUUAGAAAUCACCAGUACACACUGAGUCGUCUUAGUUUUCAUGAGUUGUAUCCUGGCAGUGGCUUUUAAGCCAGUAAUUAUGUCUCACUGUAACUAAAACACACACAAAAUCUUCUUUUCACAGCCACAUUCCUGCAACUAACUCUUUUCUCAGCCAGACUUUUAACUCUCAACUAACUGUAGCGCCAUCUCUUCUCAGCCUCCUUUGCAGAGCUCGUCUGACCUGCCAACCCUCAACUAACUGGAUUCAAAGUCAGAGUUACUUUGCGACUGCUUGUUUACUGCCAGUCUGUCUUGGCAUCAAGCUCCUCGAGACCGAGAACCAGAGAUUUUUCUCCCCCAAUUGAACCCUUAUGGUAUUUGUCCUUAUGUAACAUCUUCAGUAACGAGAAGACUCGUGACUUCUGCUUGUUUCCUGCAUAAUUUUGUUAUAUAAUCGUAUACAUAUGGAAGGUUAAAAGCUGUGUCCAAAUUGCGGACCGUUGUUCACCUUGGAAAAUUUCCAGUGGUGCACAGAACCUUGUUUUGCAUGUGCUGCAAUUUUAAGAGGACUAAUUGGAUUGCCCUAAUUGUCUUCUUUUUAACUCUUCAGCAUGAACGUGUAAAACACCCCAAUUUUCAUUGUAACUUUAUUAUUGUGUGCAUCUAAUUUCCAUGAGAACAUGUUACAUAACAUCAUUGCUUUACUGUUGUGAGCAUUACCUAGCAACAGUUGCUGUUUACAGAGUCACCGCUUAGCAACAAAUGUGUACACUACAAUAUGAAUGUGAAACAGGUGGAGGACCAUUGGAAAUUCUUUUGUGGACCACGAGUUUGGGAAACUCUGAACUAGUCUGAUUAAAACAGCAUGUAACAAGCUUGAGAAAACAAAUGCAUUAAAAAUUUGUAGUAGUACAAAUACAAUGGAAUUGGCACAGAAUGAAGUCGAAAAGAGCUUUUGUAAUAACAGUUACAAAUCUUAGGCUGCAUGAAAGUCAAGAGAUUUCUUCUUCAGCUGAGUAAUUAUAUCAGCUUCUAUAUGAUGACUCUGUACCAUGGAAUUAGGAACUCUGGAAAUAUGAGGGAUCUUCUGAUAGCUUCUGCACGUUUUAUUUUAUAAUUCUGAUUUAUCGAUUACAAAAACACCAUAUUUUUUCUCCAUAAUCACCCUGCUUUUCAACACAUUUUUCCCAGCGUUAUCAUAACAGAAAGUCUUUGGUUGUGCACAUAGCCACUGAUGCAUCAUAUUCUUUACACCCUUGUCACAUUGAAAUCAUCUCCUUCCUAGAGCUUUAACCCUUCACCGCCGGCAGGCAUUUAAAUUCCUAUUCAAUUCAUAUGCCAGAGGAUAUUUAAAUAUUGAAAUCAUCUCCCUCCUAGAGCUUUAACCCUUCACCGCCGGCAGGCAUUUAAAUUCCUAUUCAAUUCAUAUGCCAGAGGAUAUUUAAAUAUUUAAUAAGAUAUAUAAAGUAUAGAAUAUACUGUCUACACAACAAUCAGUAUUCAAAACAAAGACACUACUGCAUCAACAUUUGCUUUUAUUAUGUUUAUUAGAGACGCAACAUGUUUCGACCCUUUCACAGGUCAUCAGGUGUACAGUGCACCAGUCUGAGCUGCUGAGUUGCAAUCAAUUGUCAUUUUAUUCAUCGAAUAAGGAUCCUUAUUGUGUUUCCCUAAUGUUGAUGCAGUAGUGUCUUCUUUGUUUUUAAUACUGAUUGUUGUUAUGUAGAAGGUAUAUUCUAUACUUUAUAUAUCUUAUUUAUGACACAAAACUGGAUGCACAAUAUUAAGAUUAAAUAUUUAAAUCGGAGAGUGCAACAUUUCACUUAAAAUGUAAUAAAUUGGGAA